AGUUGCAUUUUGACUUCAGUGAGCACGGUUCGAAAGAUCCAAUCGGAAUGGACUAUUGCUUAAUAGUUCUGAACAUUUUGCUGGCCUCGGCCUAUUCCCUUCAAGUCGCUCCAAAAACAAAGAACACCAAGGCCCCUGUCAAAGAGGCUUUACCCACCAAUGCAACUCAGGUUGCAAAUGCGACAGUAGCUCCAGCAGCGGAAAAACUGGCGGAAGUCCACAUCGAUCAGCACAAAACCAUUCGAAUUAGUAAGGGUGAUUUGGACGAUCUCCUCGACGUCUAUAUGGGAAGGAUCGCAGAAAGCGCGGCCACUAUCAAGGAUAAGGAGAACGAGAUUACCAAACUGCAAACCAAGGACCAUACGGAUGACGAGCUGUUGCAGAAAUUUGAAAAUCUCACACAGGUGUGCAGUGCCCAGAACUCGUCAUUCACGACUGCCGUCAAGGACAAAGAUGAAAAGAUCAGGGAACUGGAGCAGAAAGUCAAGGUCUACGAAACGCGACUAAAGAGGAAACAGCAUGUGCUGACGGAGCUGAGAAAGCUGAAUACUUCCAGCACAUUACUGAUUGAGCAUCUCAAAGGAAAGGUUGUGUAUUUCGAGAGGAAGUUCCGGGAGAAGAAGGACGAUCUGCUGGCGGAUUGGGAGGCGGCUACCACGACCUGCGUCCCCUAUGGUCGUUCUCCCGGAAUCCAUUUGAUCCACCUGCCAGGAUUCCUGCCCUUUCUGGUGGCCUGCGAGGGCCAGACUGCCGCCGGACCCGGCUGGACUUCCAUUCAGAGACGGCUGGACGGAUCCGUGAACUUCUAUCGAAAUUGGGACGCCUACAGCAAGGGUUUUGGCAAACUUAAUGGCGAGUUCUUCAUCGGACUGGAGAAGCUGCACCGCCUGACCAGUUCGCAGCCGCACGAGCUUUACAUCAGCAUCAGGAGAUUCGGCGGCGAGACGAGCUAUGCCCACUACGACGACUUCCUUAUCGGCAGCGCGGAGGAAGGCUACGAGCUGAAGCUACUGGGUCACUAUCAGGGCAACGCGAGCGAUGCGUUGCGCACCCACGACAAGAUGAAGUUCUCGACCUUCGACCGGGACAACGAUGCGUUCACGCACAUGAACUGUGCGGAGCACCAUCAAGGAGCCUGGUGGUAUGACUUCUGUUCGCGGAGCAACUUGAAUGGGAAAUACUUCAAGAGCGAGGUUGACAGUCCGCAGGGCAUAUACUGGGAGCCCUGGUACAGCUUUCGAUCCCUGAAGUCCGUGCAGAUGCUCAUCCGCCCCAAGAGCCAAAUGGAGCUAAAGGACCUGCCCAAGGCAAAGCGUCCGCCGAGGGAUCCAAGAAAUCACUAAUUAUUUGCUACAUCCGAGUGCCCAGGGCAGUAAAUUCGAACUAUAUAAAUCUCACUUCGGUGCCAUCACCUAUUAAUCUCUGCUGCCUCUCCGACGCCCCCUUCGACAGUUGAUUGGGUUUCGAUUUUGUUUGCAGCCCCGGUCUUCGGGCAAUUACUCCGUUACAGUUCACCGCGUAUCGCUCUAGGUCUAGACUUUUUGUUUGUUUCGCACACAAGUCAUUGGGUGCAAUUAAUUUUCAUUUUCCGCCGGUCUCGUAAUUUGCUCUGUUGCAACAAUUUAAUGAAAUCUAAUUGAGUGUGUGCACUGGGCCGAUAAAAAUGAAAUAACUCUGGACACUGGGAGAUUCCUCCGUGUCAUUUGUCACUUGCGCUUUCAUCGUGGCGACUGGAGCCGCUCAAUUGGAGUCAAUAAACGUUCGGCAAAUAAGCCAAAGAGGCGGUAUCUAAAUUAAUAUCGAUUCGACGGAAGAUUUACGACUUCGGCAAAGAGUUAUUCAUUCGUUCAUUCCAGUUUAUUAUGGAAAAUACUUAUUCCAACCGGUUGAAACCAGUUACAGCUCUUUGACAUUCUAAAAUUUCUCUUCUAGUUGAUAAGAACGAGGUAAAGGUUAAAAAUAAAUACGUAAAUCGCAAAGAGGUUCUCUAAA